AGAGCCUAUCCGAACCAACCACUACGACGCUGACAAAAAGACCAAUGUUGGAUUCUGUCUUCAACUUCAAACAUAAGUCAGGGCGGGCCAUACUCGAGCCUUCAGUAAUCUCGGAUGAACGCAACUUAGAGUUUAUUCCUGCCCAGCUUUAAACAUCAUGUCGUCUAUCGUUGCUGUCGCCGGUGGCACUGGCGGCCUUGGCCGUACUAUUGUCGGAGCCAUUGUCGGAGAUGGCAAAUACGAAGUCAUUGUUUUAAGCAGGAAGGCCGAUGCAGAGAAGGAGAAGGAAAUCGGCGUCCGCAUUGUUCCCGUGGACUACACCAGCGUUGACGCUCUGGUAAAGGUCCUCGAGGAAAACAAAGUGGACACCAUCCUCGCAACUGUGAACGGACAGGCCGAUCCAGAAGUUAAUCUUAUCGCCGCAGCCGACAAAGCCACAUCAACCAAGCGCUACGUUCCCACCGUCUGGGGGGUGAAAAUUCCGGAUGAAAUGGCCGCCCUAUCUUCCAUUUCCAAGGCCAAGCAUGCCAUUCUUGCUGCUCUGGCUGGCACCACAUCACUCGAAUAUACAGUAUGGUAUCCUGGCUUCUUCAGCGACUACUACGUUGCACCGAACGUGAAGACUCACAUGUCGAUCAUCAACGUCGUGAUAGACGUGCCUAAUAACACUGCUGCGAUCCCGGGAUCUGGCGAUGUUCUCGUGGUGCUGACGCAUAGCUCCGACAUAGCGAAAUUCGCGGCGGCAUCGCUUGCGCUGCCGAAGUGGCAACCGGAAACAUAUCUGAUCGGCGAUAAAGUCACAUGGAAUGAGGUGCUUGCUAUCGCCGAGGAGGCCAAGGGAGUCAAGUUCCAGGUGGCCUACGAUUCGAUCGAGACUUUGAAGUCGGGAAAGGUUACUGAGCUUCCAGGCAACGUCGCAAUGUAUCCUUUCCUGCCCAAGGAGCAAUUUCAAAGCAUUCUUUCUAUGUUUGGGAUCUUGUUUUCUUCUGGAUAUUAUGAUUUCAAGCCAGAGCAUCCCAUCAACGAGAGCUUCCCAGAGAUCAAGACAAGGACUGUCAAGGAGCUGAUGACCGAGGCUUGGAAAGGAAAAUAGCUCAUAGCUCUGUAGUACUGUAGCGUUAUGCGUACGUUGAGGGGCUGGUAAUUAGGAAAUUGCAG